AGAAACGGCUGGGGCGCGCCGUGUGAAGUACAUGACGCAGAUGAUAAUAGAUAAACUGUGCAGCGCCAGUGCAGUGUAUGUGAGGACCAGUACCGCAACAUUUUAGUUUUCCUGUCUUUUCGUCCAAAGAUCGCCUUCAAAUACUCAAAUGAACAACUGGCAUAUAUGCUAACUACCAUAUUGUGAAAUUGGCCCCAGGAUAAAGCCUAAAACAGCGGGAAAAUGGAACGAAAAACUGAACUUUCUAUAGAUCUAGACGGACUUCGUGUAACGAGAAGUCGAAGAGCUGCAGCAGCAGCGGCAGCCGCCAAUGCCAAUGGCAAUGGCACUGAAAGUAUGACUAUAAGUAUGAAUUCAUUUACAUCCACUACUCAGACCACGUCAACUGCAACUGCAGCCAGUGUCUGUAAUACAUCAACAUCUAAAACUACUAGUUCGAGGAUAUCAACUAAUUCAAAUACUGGGAAUGAUUCCACAAUCCCUAGGAAACGAGUGAAGCGGAAUCCUCUAUUGAAGAAUGUGUUUUUGGGUGUCCGUGAUUCUCAACAUGGAAAGCGCCCAUUCAAAUCUGCCACAGAGCUCCCUCGUGAGCUCCUGAUGAGUUGUGAGAGCAGGAUCGGUCUUGUGCAGCCAUCCUCCAACACUCAGAGCCCGUCUGCUGCUAAUCCUACCAUCCCUAUCAUUGCUGCCGAACUGUCGGAAGCAGCCAAGAGUCUACUGAACACCAACCCAGAGUUGCAGCAGUACUACCUCUGUCUCAAGUUGCUCAAGAAAGUAACACAGAAGCUUAUGUCUGAGUCAACAAUUGAGUAUCCUACUGAUAGUGGUAAAUUUAAGGAAAGCAAGACCAUUAAUGCGGAAAUAUUCUUACUGUUUGGUGGUGUUGAGGUAACCGUUGACCUUCUCCUUCAACCGCACUUCUACAAGAAAAAACAGAAGAAAAAGUUGGCAACAAGCAGUGAGAGCAAGGAAUCUAAAGCUGAUGAGGAGAAACCCUCUACAAGUGACACACCAGAAACGUCUACCACAACCACUCCUGAAGCAGCAACAUCAACAGAAACCACUCCACCAGCAGCAACAGAUGAUGCAGCAUCAACAGCAACUGAAGCUGCUGCUGCAGCAUCAACAACUGAAACUGAAGCAGAAGCAACAGAGAUGGAUGACCCUCCGCCAGCUUCGUCAACAGCCACACCAUCAACAGCCACAUCAUCGUCGGCUGCAGCAUCGUCCACGGUAACGACAUCAGCAUCAUCCACUCAGCAGGCAUCAGGAUCAUUUCAGUUCCGCCUGGUCCGAGACAGUUACAGUGCUGGUAGUUCGGGUCACCCAGCAUCACAAGAUCCACAGAAAGUUCUGAGACAUAAGAUAGCUUACAAUGCUAUGGACCUUCUUCACUAUAUGUGUCAAAAUAUGGGAACAGAUAUGGCCACGCCUCUCUCGGACCAUGAUGACCUCAUAGUCUAUCUCUUCACCCUACUUACGGAGAAACAGUGUUUCCUCAAAGCUGCAACCCUCAUAGAAGAUAUCCUCGGGGUCAGAACACAGAUGUUUAAGCUGCAAGAUAUCCCUGAGCUUGAAGAACUGGUCAAGAAGUUUGAGGAGGACCAGCUUGCCAACUUCUGCCGCGUCCUCUCCAUCACCAUCUCGGAGCUUGACCCCAAGGAUGACCCUUGUACCUUGGCUGCCCAGGACAAGGCCUGCAGGAAUCGCAGCGAUACACCCAUCUCGGAGGUCAACCAAAAAACGGUAGUUGAGCUCCCUGGCUUUGUUCAGAAACUUGUCAAGAUAGCAUGCAAGUCAGUUGCAGAGCCCGAUGGAGUCGCAGACAUGGACACCCUCUUCUCUCAGAUCGACAGCUGGGUGACCUGGCUGGACAGCUCCUUGGCCUUCGACGCCCUGGCCGAGGUCGCCAACGAGGACGAGGGCGUCUACCUCAACCUGCCCCUCCAUGACCUGUCCUUGCCCCUCCCGGAUUCCCUCAAGACCAUGCAUGAGGUUGUCUAUAAGGUGGAGGUCCUUCAUGUGCUUUGCCUGCUGCUUGGAGGAAAGCAGAGGCAUAAGGUCCAUGAGAUCCUUGCCCAAUACAAACUGAUGCCUGGACUGAACAACCUGUUUGAUAAGGUCAUCUGGAGGUGCAAUCUUCGAGCCCCUAUCCACGGGGUCAACGAGAACUGCGACUGCAGUCCGGAGGUGGCCCUCAAGGUCCAGUUCCUCAGACUUCUGCACACCUACUGUGAUCAUCAUGACAACAAGUACCUAAUCAUGACCCGGCAUGAAAUCAAUGAUCUGAAUAGAAUAUCGACAAGUUCAAACAUUCCCCAACUAGAAGCAGUCAAGAAGAUUGACAGGACAUUACUCUGUCAAGGUCAGAAAGGUAUCCUCACCAAGCUGGUUGAAGUGAUGAAGAAAGAACCAAGAGAUUCACCCUUCAGGUUCUGGAUGGCCCGUGCUAUAGAGAGUUUCUUAAGAGGAAAGACCUCGUAUGCAGACCAGACCUUCCUCAUCAGGAAAGGACUCUUAGAGCAUGUUGUACAGCACAUCCUGAGUAGUGAGCACCACUCAAAGGAGGUACUCCAGAGCUACUUUGAUCUCCUGGCUGAGUUGAUGAAGUUCAACAUCCUGGCUUUCAAGAGAUUCAACAAGGCCAUCCACUCAGAACAUCAGUUUAAGCAGUUUGUACAUCUGGUGCGCAAUCACAUUGUUGACUCAAACAUGUUUGUGAGAUGUCUGGCACUCACUAUCGAGCACUUUGAGAAGGAGCAGCCUGAAAAUUAUGAUUGGGGAAUACAGUCUUGUCGUCUCCUUCAGUUUAUCUCAAAGAGAGAGAAUCGUUUGACCUUCCUCUACAAGCUCAUCAACAUCAUCCAUGUUGAGAUCCUCACACAGGAGAACGUGAGUUGUCUCAACACCACCAUCAUCUUCCUCAUGUUUGCUGAUCGUAUUGGUGAGCUAUCCCGCUAUCUGACAGAUCUUAGGAAAGAAGAGCAGAAGCAAUGUAGACCAGGAUUCCUCCUUCAGAACUUCAGGGAGCUUCUGUUCUUCUGGCAGGAACAUUAUCUUCACAAAGACAAGGAUUGCAGUGCCCUUGAGAAGAGCUCUUGCAUCAGUUUCUCCAAGUGGAAGGACAUGGUCAGUCUACUGGUCAGCGGUAACACCCACUCCUCCUUGACCGUUGCCCACUAUCUUCAGAUGGACGACCUCUUCCCCUGUACGGAACAUCAGCACGCCCCUCUCCGCACCAGUUGAGGCGAGCCACUUAACCAUUAGCACCCCCCCUUCAUGAUCUACAUUCUUUUCUUGCCUUAUUGGAAAAGGGAGGUCUCUAAGUGAUAUCAGUAAUGAAACGAUUUGUAUGUUAGGAUUCACGAUGGCAUUGUUUCACUAAACUAUAUUUCAUCCCAUUGGAAUAUCAGUUUCAAUAGCAGUGUGUCUCAAUUGGAUAUCAGUGAUUUUAGUGGAGGUGCAUAUUUGUGAAACAGUGCUCACAGAGUCCUUAGAAUUUGAAUCUGCAGGAUUUUGGCAGAAGAACAUGGAUUUUUAAACUUUUUUGAAAGUUCAUGAACUCUGUCUUCUGGAUUGGAGAAAUGUAACUUUAGUGGGUCCUCUUUACCAAUGCAAAGUGUAGUUGUAUCGUUAAGAUGCCAUAGGAAUGAAAAUAGUACAACUUCUUAUCCUUUUCGUCUCGGGGUAAGAUUUAAUUGAAAGAGAUAUGUAUUUUUAGAUAUCACGCACAGUAUAGUUAAAGGCAAGAAAGAUGCACGACUGAAGGUUACGACUAGUAAAUAUGAAUAAAGCUAUAAUGUUAAUUCUUCCUGGAUGCUUUUAAGGAAUUUCAUCAGAGGAUCCUGACAUCGUGGUGUAGAAAUAAUUAGUUUUCUUUCUGUUUAUAAGCCUAAUCAUCUGUUUACAUCUGAACAUUUGACAAUGGCUUGGUUCAUCCUUGGUAGAUGAAACUGUUGAAUCACCAGAUAAUGCCAAGAAUAUGCAAAUGUAUCAAUGUUUUGGAGAUUCUAGCCUACUUGGCUUUCUUAGCUCUUCAUGUUUGUAUAAUAGGUGUUGCAGUCCGUACACACAAUGCAAUUUUAAUAACUGGUUCGUGUUGAUGAGCUUGUCCUGUUUGGUGUUGGUCUGUGGACAUUCUGAUCUUGGAUGACAUCUGUGAUUGCUUGGUGAUCGUGCUUAUGGUAUCUGCAUCAAGCAGGAAAUCAUUUGAUAACGUUUCUCGGUAUUGAAGAGAACGGUCUUUUCUGCUCAUCAUGUGCUUUUGAAAAUAAUACCAUGACCUGCUGAAGGAAUGUGUAGUCUUGUUCCAUAAGACAAAGAAUUUAAUCAUGUUUUGUAAUAACGUACUCUGAGACUGGAUGUGAACUAUGCUGAUAAAGACUUGUUAUGAAGAGCAGCUUUGAAAGUAGCAGCUAGAGGAUGCUGGCUUCAGUGAGAGAGCAGUCCGGUGUUUCAAUGUGUAUUUGCCAAAGGAAAGUGAUGGUCCAUGACAUUGAUAUUUGGAGAGACAAGAUGGAGACGGAAUGGACAGACGUCAAGACUAAUGAUGAAACGAUGACAAUAUCAGGACUAUCAAAGAUUUGUAUUAUUGAGGAAGCUUUAAUUUGCUAAUUGUGCUCUGUGCAAAAAAAAAGAAAUUAAGGAUAUUUUAUAUGAAUGGGAGUGUAGGUAGAGAUGUUUUGGAUGUUUUUUAUUGUAAAAGAAUGUGUCGCAUGUUGCGGUUUACAAAUGUACAUAGACAUAAUAAGAAGAGAGGGUUUUUUUUUUAUGAGGCAACAUGUUAUGAUACUGGCGUGUUUUAUAUAUGAUUAUCAUGUCAAUCUAUUUGAAUGCUUCUUUCUUCAUAUGAUCAUAGCAGAGACGCAUAUAUGAUGCAUGUGGAGUUGAUGCCAUGCGGAAUCUAAAAAACAAAAUUUCUCAAAUGAUAAUCAUCUAUUGUAAUUGACUAAAGGUAAAAGAGGAUAUUACAUUAACUUGAAAGAUCAUUUUUUUAAAUAUACUAAAACUUUCGUAAGGUUUAAAGAGGAUUCAUUUUGCAACAGUGUAGACAUAAAACCCUGCAAAAUUUGUUAUUUUUUGUAAGUAAAGAAAAGAAAUCACAUAUUGCUUUUAAAAGUGGGAAAUUGCUUGUCUUUGCAUUGAUUUGAGUUCAUAUCAUGUGCAUAUGUAGCACCUAUAUCAUGAUAUAAUUCAUCAUAUAACAUAUAUAAUGCUACAUUUUAAAGUAAAACAUACUUCCCAAAUUGCACUUAGCACGAAGUAUUGACAUCUAUUUUUAAGUCGCUCAUUUUAAGUUGCCAUUAUUUUAUGUUAAAUGUUUUUUUUUUCAUUUUAGGCACUGCAAUACAAAAGAUGGUCUUGAUUAGGGAUAGAUUCCACUGUAAUUCAACCAUUGUAUUACAUUAAUGAUAUGAAAAAUACUAAUCAUUUUUCUUUAAGGAAUGGUACUUCUUUUGUGUUUCAAACGUUGAAGCCUGGCCCAAAAGCAGUUUCACAUAUUUAGACACAGAUUCAGUGUAAUAGAUUUCUGAAUUUAUUUUGCAUUGGAACAAAAAUUUCCUGAAAACUAGAAAGAUAAAGCAAAACAUUGCAAAAAUGGAGAACCCUAUAUUUCUUAAAACCUGUUCCUCUAUGUUAAUGUGUAUACGAACUUCUUGCAUUUUAAUUGUGAUAUUAUUUUUUCUAUAAUGUUUUCGAAUUUCCCUCUUAGAAAGGCAAUACAUAUUGGUAAGCCACCUUUAAUUAUCACUCUGAUGUAGUUACGGUUAUUGGACAUGUAUUUCUAUGUUCCGAAAUAUAUUUUACAAAAGCAUCUUUAAAUUUGUUGUCUUUCCUUCUUUUUAUGUUUGUUACUUGUAUUGUAACUAAGACUUCUUUUUAAACAGUUUUAACAUAAUUAUGAUUUCAUUUUCAUUAGAGGUUAUUUUCAGUUUGUUAUGUGUCAUAUAUGUUUUCAAGGCACACUUGUACAGCAUUACCGCAUUGAUUGGUAUGUGAUGAUAACCUGGGGGGGGGGGGGGUGUUUCACAAAGAAUUGAAUUUGAAAUCAUGCUUAGUGUUAGGCGCGCACAUGAUGUUUAAUGCCCAAUCUCAUUGAUGGCUCUGCAGUACUGCGCGUCCACUAAACAUCAUCUGAUUAAUGCACUGAGGCAUUGUGGACUGUGCGCAAAUGGGAUUUUAAGUGUGAUUUUUAGUCAAGCUUCAAUCUUGUGAAACCACCCCCCAGGUUUACUGCAAAUAUAUAUAUACAUUAUUAGAUGGUUCCAUUUUCAGGCCAUAAUAACUGUGUACAGGGACUUGCAAAGGAGCAAUAGCAAGUAACUUUCACUAUACAACCAUGUAUAUUUAUGAUUUUUUGAAUUAUUUCACUCAGUUUUCUGACAGUAAAGUUUAUUCAAAAUUGCACAUUUUGCAAAUUGGAAUGAAACCUUUUUUUUCUAGUUCCACUAUCAAAAGACAUAUGGUUUAUAUUAUUCUGUUAUGUUUCCACAUAAUUUUUCUCACCUGUGAUAAGAAAUGUUUCCCCAAAUUUACGAUUGAAGAAUUCCCUUUUGAUUCAUUUCUCAUGAAGGAUAAGACAAACUUUGCUUGUAAAACAAAAACUCACAGUAGUUCCUGCUUUCUUCUCAUUUUAUAUUAACACACAUUUCAUUUAAUAACUGUCAUGUAAUUACUAGAAUAAAAUCUUAUCAUUUGUUGUAUUAUAGCACUGAACAUCUUUUUCUCCAUCCUAUCACUUGUAAUACUUUCAGUAACGUUUACAGGGGCCCUGUCUAACAAUGAAAUCAACUGAAUCAAUCACUUUCAACUAUGGAAAGCCAGUUUCACCAUCAUCUGGAAUUCAUGUAUCCAUUCACAGUGUUACCUGGAAGGCAUAGAUACAGAUGAUGACAUGAAUUGCUUUCCAUAGUUGAAGAUGAUUCGGUCAAUCACUCAGAACCAUAUUGUAAACCGUUUGGUUCAAGUGUAAUUUCCAUGUCAUGCAACAGGGAAAAAUAUAUGGAAUUCCCUUGCAGUAUUGAAACUCUAAAUGAAAGAAAGAAUUUUUUUAAAACUGGAAUGUUUGUAAACGAAUGUCACCUGUGCUGUUCCCUGCAUGGAAUAUUGUCAAUAAAUUGUAAAUGAAUUCUCAA